AGAUAGACCGUCCUUCAAGCCAGUCACAAGCCGUCCUUCAGGAUGGGACACGUGAUGUCAGUCCUUGUAAAGCACAGAGCCCUUUCCUCAGAACUAAAUCAAAUCUGUCCACAGACAAGCUUUUGAAUUCUGCAUGUCCCAUGAGUGUGUCCAGCCAGGCCAGUUUUGAGACGGAUGCGCUGGUUGUUCUGCAUCGUCUGUCAGGUGAGAGACAGACCCGUAGCACUGACACAGCCUGUGGACAUAAUCAGAAGUCCAGCUUUUCAGAAGAGGAAUCAAACCUGUUGAAACCAGUGUCUAACAGUAGCGUAAACAAGCCUGAUCCUGGGGUCUCCUCUUUUGGCACUUCCUCUGAUUUUGAUUUGAUAGAAAAAGGCACAAGAACAGUUGGCAGCGAAGAAUCCUUUUCACGUAUGGCCACCAGGAAAGCCCUAGAAAGAAAUAUCUGUCAGGGUCGACUGGACCCACCUCCACUGAACUGUCCACUUUUGUGACCGGAUCAAAGCCUCUGGAUCUGGAGAUGAAGGAAUCGCCGUCUGAAAACAGUAUGGAGUGGACACACCACUCGGCUCAAGUAUCAGACCCUCCAAAGACCAUUUCUGUCAGAGAAGGCGAGGCCAAAGAGAUGCAGAGAAGCUCCUCAGACAAAGAAAGACUUGCAGGCGAGGGGGAAAUCUGAUUCCGCAGAAUGCUAAAGGGGGGAGACCUACGAGGAAUAAAAAAGUAAAAAACAAUGACAUUGCAUUGGAAAUAAACCAGAGGGAAGAAACAUUUGCUCAGGUUAGGAAAAAGAGGAAAGGGGUUUCUAUAAUGCAAACACUCCAAGACUCAAACGUGCCAAAUGAUGACAAGAUGAUAAAUUCUGUUGAGGCCUCAGGUAAAAUGGGACGGGGCAAGAUAAGUAGAAGUCAGUUGAGAAAAAAUUUCAAAUGUAGGACUUUACUGACCUCUAGCAAUGAAGAUGAUGUCACUGAUACUACAUCCUCUCAAAAUGGUACACAGAAUGUCCUGAUUGACAAGACCAUGAAUGGUUCAUCAGAAGAGUUUCAGUAUCCUAAGCAGUCACAGGAGUCCGAGAAGACCAUUGAAACUCGAAAAACAAGACGCCAUCUUAAAAUUACAGGCGAUGCUUUGCAGAAGAGAAACAUUCGUCCACUCAAGCACAAGUUUGAGGAAUUCAGCGUGACUUCAGUGGUUGAUCCAGCUGGACCAAGUAAGCCUUCAAAAAGAACACUACUGCGCAGCGAACAAUCUGUUAUUUUGGCUGAGGGGCAGGAGACAUGUCUUUCUGGACUGAAAGCAAGAGAAGAAAUAAAGGAACUUGAGUCACCUGGUUCGACAGCCCCAGUGUAUUCAGAAAGAAAACUAAGCAGACCCACAAAGAAUUUAAUCCGAUCAAGAAGAAAAGAUGGUUCGGUUGCGAAAAGGAGAGGUACUAUUGGAGGUAACAGUGAAGCGGAGAGCCAAGAUAAGGAGACGGAAGCCGUUCCAGUAGUAUCGUUGUCAGGUAGCGGUCCCAGCCGCCUCCUGCGCAGCUACUCCUGCCCUGAAAUCCCAUCCCUAGUAUUCAGUGACUGCCAUUUCUCCCGGUCCCACAUGCAUGACGUCAGCACUACCUCACCCAGCAGAAAGAAGCUCACCCACACCACUUCCCAUCCACCUUCACUCUCCGUCCAAGCGCACUCGCCGGCACACUGUCUGCAGUGUGGAGAUUGAGCGCGAAAUUGCCCCUUUGUGCCUCCGUAAGGAGGUGUAUCCUGCUAGUCGAGGUGGCCCUCUGUGCCCCCUUUUCUCCUUAUUCUCCCUCCACCUCCCUCACAGCCCUUGCCUCGUGUUUUUUGUCCAGUCCUUUAGCGUUCUUGUCUAAAGGUUCUAGCCAAGGCCGUAGUCAUGCUAGCGACACCAGCACUGGCAGUGUUUCAGAUGCCUCCAGUUUUGUCGCCUCUUCAUCAUCAUCACUGUCCUCACUUUAGUCCCCCCUUUUCUUCCACCCUCACGUCCUGUCAUGCUUUAACCGGCCCUUCCUCUGUCACUCCCAGCCCUGCGAGACACCUUCCACCUCUGUGUCAUCACUCUGCAGUGCGUUUUCACAAAGCUCUUUGGAAGGAGACAGUCGGUUGCUUCAGAUGGAGUGUGAGGGGUCGAUAGAUGAAGAGAGAUCCAACUUUGACCUUAAACUCUCUGCAGCCAUCUCAGAGGAGAAAGCAUUAUCAGACUCUGAAAUCAAGACGGAGAUUAAGGAUGGUCAGCGUGGGAAGGUGUCCUCUAUUCGCAUCCGUAAAAAGAUUCCAAAGCCUCAGAAUAAUCUGACCCCUAUGGGCCUUCCUAAGGUCAUCAGAGUAAAGAAGAAGGAUUUCAGCUUGGAGGAAAUCUACACAAA